AUGAUCGGUAGUACAAUGAACAAUAGUGGAACUGAUAAACAACAAAUUGUUAGAGCAGAUGAAGGUGAAGAAUUUAUUGUUGAACGUAUUGUUAGUCAUCGAUUUCGUAAUGGACGAAAAGAAUAUUUACUUGCAUGGAAGGGUUAUCCUGAAGAAGAAAAUACUUGGGAACCUCAACAAAAUUUAGAUUGUCCAGAUUUAAUUGAAGACUAUGAAAAUCGUCUAUUGCAAAGUUCUCGUUAUACGCAUGAACCAUCAACAUCACUUAAACGUAAAUCAUCAUUGGAUCAAGCACCAGUACAAAAUAAACGUGGUCGUCCAUCAAAUGAUUCCUUAAGUCAUCGAAAUUAUUCAAAACAACAAACUUCAUCAAUACGUACAGAAGAAGCAUCUGCAUUUGAUCGAGGAUUAGAACCAGAAAAAAUACUUGGAGCAACGGAUGCAACAGGUGAAUUAAUGUUAUUAGUUCAAUGGAAAGGUACAGCUGAAGCGGAUCUUGUACCAGCUCGAAUAUGUAACAUAAAAUGUCCACAAGUUGUUAUAAGAUUUUAUGAAGAACGUUUAACAUGGAUAACAACACAACAACAAACACAAACAACAAAUGAUUCAAAUAGUAAUAAUACGGAUAAAUCUGUAUCUUCACAACAAACAAAUAUAAAUCUUGUUGAAAAUAAUAAUAAUCAAGCGACAUUAUAA